AUGCAAGGUAGAGAGACACUUGAUUAUGAAAUUGCUAGAAUGUUUUAUUCUUCUGGAUUGCCAUUUCAUUUUGCAAGAAAUCCCCAUUACAAAAAGGCAUUUGCUUUUGCAUGCAAUAAUUUUAUAAGUGGAUAUAAACUUCCUGGUUAUAACAAGUUGAGAACAACCUUGCUAGAAAAUGAAAGAAGACAUGUGGACAAGCUAUUGGAGCCAAUUAGGAAUUCAUGGAGCCAAAAAGGGGUGACUAUUGUUAGUGAUGGAUGGAGUGAUCCACAAAGGAGACCCCUUAUCAAUUUUAUGGCUGUCACGGAGAGUGGGCCUAUGGCAGCAGGUUUAAUUAUUGAAUCUGAGUUUCCUUCUAUUUAUUGGACUCCUUGUGUUGUGCACACCCUUAACCUUGCUUUGAAGAAUAUAUGUGCAGCCAAGAAUACGGAGAGAAACAGUACUGUUUACGAAGAAUGUUCUUGGAUCACAAAAAUUGCUGAAGAUGUUAUGCUUAUCAUGAACUUCAUCAUGUGCCACUCUAUGAGAUUAUUAAUCUUCCAUUCUUUCAAUUCCUUGCAGUUGAUUUCCAUUGCUCCAACGAGAUUUGCCUCCACAAUAGUGAUGCUCAAGAGGUUUAGGGAAUUAAAGAAAGGGCUUCAAGAGAUGGUCAUUAGUGACAAAUGGAAUUCUUACAAGGAUGAUGAUGUUGAAAAGGCCAAACUUGUGAGGGAAAAAUUGUUGGAUGUUAGUUGGUGGGAUAAGGUUGAUUACAUUCUUUCAUUCACUAGUCCAAUCUAUGAUGUCCUAAGAAAAAUGGAUACAGAUGCUUCAACUCUCCAUGUAGUAUAUGAAAUGUGGGAUUCAAUGAUUGAAAACGUAAGGAAAGUCAUAUACAAGUAUGAAAGAAAGACGGAGUCGGAGGUAUCAACCUUUUAUGAGGUAGUGCACUCCAUAUUAGUUGAUCAAUGGACUAAGAGUAGCAAACCUCUCCAUUGUUUAGCUCACUCUUUAAACCCAAGAUAUUAUAGUCAUGAAUGGCUAAGUGAAGAUGCUAGUAGAGUUCGUCCACAUCAAGAUGUGGAAAUUACUCGUGAAAGGAUGAAGUGCUUCAGAAAGUACUUUGUUGAUGUGGAUGUGAGGAGACGUGUGAAUGUAGAGUUUGCAAGUUUCUCAGAUGGAAGAGAAGGAUUUGAUGACAUUGACUCUUUAGGAGAUAGGGGACGGAUUGAUGCUAAAUCUUGGUGGCUUACUCAUGGUGCUCAUGCUCCACUAUUACAACAAGUUGCUCUUAAGUUACUUGGGCAGCCAUGUUCAUCUUCAUGUAGUGAAAGAAAUUGGAGCACAUACUCUUUCAUUCAUUCUUUGAAGAGAAAUAAGAUGACACCCGAAAGAAAUUGGAGCACAUACUCUUUCAUUCAUUCUUUGAAGAGAAAUAAGAUGACACCCGAAAGAGCUAAAGAUUUAGUAUUUAUUCAUAGCAAUCUCCGGCUUAUUUCAAGAAGUUCUCCACAAUACCAUGAAGGGGAAACCAAAACGUGGGAUAUAGCGGGAGAUGCGUUUGAAUUUCUUGAUGAGGGUGGAUGUGGAAUACUUGAAGUUGCUAAUUUAUCACUUGAUGAACCAGAGCUAGAGGCUAUAUUUUUCAAUGAUGAUGGUGGUCAAGAAGGAGGAGCAAGCCACUAG